CCGAGUCCCAAUGAAUUGGAAACUAUGAUCUCGAGACCCUCGUGGACUCACUACUCAAUCCCACGACAGUGAAAACGGAGUAUCAAGUGUCUUCACGCGCCUAGGCCUGUCCCUGGCACUUCCGUGGCAGCAGUCGUAUUGCGCUUCAAUCGACGAUACGGCGCGCCCGGCUCUCUUCUUAUGCCAAACGAGGCACCGGCAGAUAACCGGUCAAAGUGUGAAUGGGACAUUCCUCGCAGCGGCCUCAGUUCUUUGCGCGCAAUUGUGUGCAAGAGCGAUUCUGUGUCGAUGUGAUGAUGCCCUAAGCUGAGCCACGUACUCAAAAUUGUGGAGGGAGUCAAACAUCCGAUUUGGCUCAUUAAUGGCCGCUGCAACUUCUCGACGACGUGUCCAGGCCUUGGACCUGCCGUCUGCUUAGCGACGUAUUCUACGGCUUCCACGACUCCAGGUCCAUUCAGGACGAUGCGCCGAUGUGAUGGAGCUUCACGGCGCACUGCAUCAGGUCCGCGAUACGAAUUCGAUCUAUCGGAGAGACAUCAUACUAAAGUCCCUGUCCACUUGUGGCACAAUAUAUCAUAGGAAAGUGGUAUUCGACAGCAUGCAUUGUACUGAGACAAUGAAAUGAAACAAAACAUGAUGCUAA